UUAUGUUACGAAGAAUUGGGAACUUCUAUUCCCAAGUCUGGCGGUGACUACGCGUACAUUAACGAAGCCUUUGGACCAUUGCCUGCAUUCCUAUUCCUUUGGGUUGCUUUACUCAUUAUAAUGCCGACGGGGAACGCCAUCGCAGCCCUCACUUUCGCCAAUUAUAUUCUUCAGCCGCUGUUUCCCAACUGCGAUGUCCCGCCAAACGCCGUCAGAUUAAUCGCCGCAAUAGUUAUUUGUUUGCUAACAUUUAUCAACUGCUAUAACGUUAAGUGGGCGACAAAAGUGCAGAAUAUAUUCACUUUCGCCAAAAUAGCUGCCCUGCUUAUUAUUAUAAUCUGCGGU